AUGAUCAUUGAUAGUGGUUCUUGCACUAAUGUAGUAGCGGCAGAUGUAGUGAAGAAGGUGAGUCUUAUUGUGAGGAAUCAUCCACACCCUUACAAACUAAGUUGGCUUGAUGAUACAGGGUUAAAGGUAAAGAAACCAGCACUCUUCUCAAUUAGGAGCUACAAAGAUGAACUAUGGUGUGAUGUACUUCCUAUGAGUGCUUGUCAUGUUUUGCUAGGGAGGCCAUGGCAAUUUGAUCGAAAGGUGAUUCAUGAAGGGGACUCAAAUGUUUAUUUUGUGCUAGUUGGAACAAAGAGGAUAAGGUUGCAUCCUUUGACUCCUAGUGACGUCAUCCACAAGAAAGAAGAAAGAAGGUCUAGUGUGUUGCUUUCAAGUAUGGAGUUCGAGAAAGAGGUGGAAGAAGAGGGCUUGUGCUAUGCUUUGUUUGUGAGACAUGCUAUGGUUAAUGAAAAGAAGCCAUGUGAACUGAAGCUUGAUGCACUCAUGGAGGAUUUUAGAGAUGUAUUUCCGGAAGAACUUCCACAAGAGCUGCCACCUUUGAGAGGCAUUAACCAUGCCAUAGACUUGGUUCCGGGAUCCCCUCUACCUAAUAAACCAGCUUAUAGGUGUGAUCCAAGUGCUUCAAAAGAGUUGCAACGCCAAAUUGAAGAGUUGAUUGAAAGGGGUUAUGUUAGAGAAAGUAUGAGUCCAUGUGCGGUUCCGGCUUUGCUUGUGCCUAAGAAAGAUUGA